CCGGCGCGGGAGUCCUGAGCUCGCGGGGCGCUCCCCGUGUGCCCGCCGGCCCUCCCCGCAGCGUGACCGGGCGCCGUGGCCGCGGGGAGGGGGUCCGCUUCGUCGCCGACGGCGGGAGGCCGCUUCGCCGCACAGACCGCCCCUCCUCCCCGGUCGGUCUUCCGAGCCGCGCUCCCUUGUUCUCGCCCUGCCCGGCUGCACGCCGCCGCCGCCGCAGGCGCCGACAGCGGAGCGCAGACGCUCCUGCACCCGGUGCGGCCCGGGCCCCGCCGCGGCGCCUCUGUUCCCACAGCCCGAGCCGCGACGCGCGGCGGCGGACCCUCGAGCCCGAGCGACCCGCGGCCGCCGGCGCCGGCCGUGGGUGAUGGGGCUGGGCUGAGGAGAGGCGGCGGCGGUGGCGAAAGCGGCCCCCCGGCCCCCUGCGGCCUUUUGGCUGCCCGGGCCGGGAGGCCGCGGAGAAGGCGGCACGGCGGUGCGGCUGGUCUGACAGAAGCAUCCUAGGAUCUUGGUGUCUGGACAUAAGAGUUAUCUUCACCUAUUGUGUAAAGCACAGCACCUUUCAAGCUGCUCUAGAAAUGGACAAAGAAGAAAGGAAAACUAUCAACAAGGGUCAAGAAGAUGAAAUGGAGAUACAUGGCUAUAACUUAUGCCGCUGGAAGCUUGCCAUGGUUUUUGUUGGAGUGAUUUGUACUGGUGGUUUUCUCCUCCUCCUUCUCUACUGGAUGCCUGAGUGGCGAGUGAAAGCCACAUGUGUUAGAGCUGCAGUUAAAGACUGUGAAGUGGUGCUUCUCAGGACGACUGAUGAAUUUAGAAUAUGGUUUUGCGCAAAAAUUCACUUUCUUCCUCUGGAGAAUCAACCAAAUUUGAAUGCAAAAUCUUUAGUUAAUAAGGUUUCUAAUGGCCAUGCUGUUCAUCUGACUGAAGAAAAUAGAUGUGAGAUGAAUAAAUACACACAGAGUCAGUCACAACAGAUGCGUUAUUUUACCCACCAUAGCAUAAGAUAUUUCUGGAAUGAUGCCAUUCACAAUUUUGAUUUCUUAAGGGGACUGGAUGAAGGUGUAUCUUGUGCAUCAAUUUAUGAAAAGCAUAGUGCAGGACUGACAAAGGGGAUGCAUGCCUACAGAAAGUUGCUUUAUGGAGUAAAUGAAAUUGCUGUGAAAGUGCCUUCUGUUUUUAAGCUUCUAAUUAAAGAGGUUCUCAACCCAUUUUACAUUUUCCAACUGUUCAGUGUUAUCCUGUGGAGCAUUGAUGAAUACUAUUACUAUGCUCUAGCCAUUGUGAUUAUGUCAAUAGUAUCCAUUAUAAGUUCACUAUAUUCCAUUAGAAAGCAAUAUGUUAUGUUACAUGACAUGGUGGCAACUCACAGUACUGUGAGAGUUUCAGUCUGUAGAAUAAAUGAAGAAAUAGAAGAGAUCUUUUCUACAGACCUUGUGCCGGGAGAUGUCAUGAUCAUUCCAUUAAAUGGGACAGUCAUGCCUUGUGAUGCAGUACUUAUUAAUGGUACUUGCAUUGUAAAUGAAAGCAUGUUAACAGGAGAAAGUGUUCCAGUGACAAAGACUAAUUUGCCAAAUCCUUCAGUGGAUGUGAAAGGAAUGGGGGAGGAGCAGUACAGUCCAGAGACACAUAAGCGACACACUUUGUUUUGUGGGACAACUGUUAUUCAGACCCGUUUCUACACUGGAGAACUUGUGAAAGCCAUAGUAGUUAGAACAGGAUUUAGUACUUCCAAAGGACAGCUUGUUCGUUCUAUACUGUAUCCCAAGCCAACUGACUUUAAACUCUAUAGAGAUGCCUACUUGUUUUUGCUGUGUCUUGUGGUGGUGGCCGGAAUUGGGUUUAUCUACACAAUCAUCAAUAGCAUCCUAAAUGAGAAAGAAGUUCAGGAAAUAAUUAUUAAGUCUCUUGAUAUCAUUACAAUUACUGUGCCACCUGCUCUUCCUGCUGCAAUGACUGCUGGGAUUGUAUAUGCUCAGAGAAGACUGAAAAAAGUUGGGAUUUUCUGUAUUAGUCCCCAGAGGAUAAACAUCUGUGGACAGCUAAAUCUUGUUUGCUUUGACAAGACUGGAACUCUUACUGAAGAUGGUUUAGAUCUGUGGGGAAUUCAGCGAGUGGAAAAUACCCGAUUCCUUUUACCAGAAGACAAUGUUUGCAGUGAGGUGUUGGUAAAAUCUCAAUUUGUUGCUUGUAUGGCUACUUGUCAUUCACUUACAAAAAUUGAAGGAGUUCUUUCUGGUGACCCACUUGAUUUGAAAAUGUUUGAAGCCAUUGGAUGGAUUCUGGAAGAAGCAACUGAAGAAGAAACAGCACUUCAUAACCGGAUCAUGCCUACUGUGGUUCGUCCUUCCAAACAACUGCUUCCUGAGUCUCCAACUGUGGGAAACGAAGAAAUGGAGCUGUUUGAACUUCCAGCUAUUUAUGAGAUAGGAAUUGUUCGUCAGUUUCCAUUUUCUUCUGCCUUGCAACGGAUGAGUGUGGUUGCAAGGACACUAGGUGAUAAGAGGAUGGAUGCCUACAUGAAGGGGGCCCCUGAGGUCAUCGCCAGUCUCUGUAAACCCGAAACAGUUCCAGUUGAUUUUGAGACAGUGUUAGAAGAUUAUACCAAACAAGGUUUCCGUGUAAUUGCUCUUGCACACAGAAAAUUGGAGUCAAAGCUGACCUGGCAUAAAGUACAGCAUAUUAGCAGAGAUGCCAUUGAAAACAACAUGGAUUUUAUGGGAUUGAUUAUAAUGCAGAACAAAUUGAAGCAGGAAACCCCUGCAGUACUUGAAGAUUUGCAUAAAGCCAACAUUCGAACUGUCAUGGUCACAGGAGACAACAUGUUGACGGCUGUCUCUGUGGCCAGAGACUGUGGGAUGAUUCUACCUCAGGAUAAAGUUAUUAUUGCUGAAGCAUUACCUCCAAAGGAUGGAAAAGUUGCCAAGAUCAAUUGGCAUUAUACAGACUCCCUGACACAGUGUAGUGAAUCAUCAGCCAUUGACUCCGAGGCUAUUCCAAUUAAACUUGCCCAUGAUAGUUUAGAGGAUCUUCAGGUGACUCGCUAUCAUUUUGCGAUGAAUGGAAAGUCAUUUUCGGUGAUACUGGAACAUUUUCAAGAUCUUGUUCCUAAGUUGAUGUUGCAUGGCACUGUGUUUGCUCGAAUGGCACCAGAUCAGAAAACACAGUUGGUGGAAGCAUUGCAGAAUGUAGAUUACUUUGUUGGGAUGUGCGGUGAUGGUGCAAAUGAUUGUGGUGCUUUGAAGAGGGCACAUGGUGGCAUUUCCUUAUCUGAGCUCGAAGCUUCUGUGGCAUCUCCUUUUACUUCUAAGACACCCAGUAUCUCCUGUGUGCCAAACCUUAUCAGGGAAGGCCGCGCUGCUUUAAUGACGUCCUUCUGUGUGUUUAAAUUUAUGGCGCUAUAUAGCAUCAUUCAGUACUUCAGCGUUACUCUCCUAUAUUCUAUCUUGAGUAACCUGGGAGACUUUCAGUUUCUCUUCAUUGAUCUGGCAAUCAUUUUGGUAGUAGUAUUUACAAUGAGUUUAAAUCCUGCCUGGAAAGAGCUUGUGGCACAGAGACCACCUUCAGGCCUUAUAUCCGGGGCACUCCUCUUCUCCGUCUUGUCUCAGAUUGUGAUCUCCGUUGGAUUUCAGUCACUGGGUUUUUUCUGGGUCAAGCAGUAUAAAGUGUGUGAUCCGAAUUCAGAUGUUUGUAAUACAACAAGAAGCGCAUGUUGGAACUCGUCACACUUAUACAAUGGGACUGAACUCGAUUCGUGUAAAAUACAAAAUUAUGAGAAUACCACAGUGUUUUUUAUCUCCAGUUUUCAGUACCUCACAGUGGCGGUUGCCUUUUCAAAAGGAAAACCAUUCAGGCAGCCUUGCUACAAGAAUUAUUUUUUUGUUAUAUCUGUGAUUAUUUUGUAUGUUUUCAUAUUAUUCAUCAUGUUGCAUCCGGUUGCCUCUGUUGACCAGGUUCUCGAGAUUAUGUGUGUACCAUACCAGUGGCGCAUAUAUAUGCUUAUCAUUGUUCUUGUCAAUGCCUUCGUGUCUAUCACGGUGGAGAGCUUCUUCCUUGACACGGUCCUUUGGAAAGUUGUGUUCAAUCGAGACAAACAAGGAGAGUGUCGUUUCAGCACCACACAGCCACCACAGGAGUCAGUGGAUCGAUGGGGGAAAUGCUGCUUGUCCUGGGCCCUGAGCUGUAGAAAGAAGACUCCAAAAGCAAAGUACAUGUACCUAGCACAGGAGCUCCGCUUCGAUCCUGAGUGGCCGCCUAAGCCUCAGACAACGACGGAAGCCAAAGCUGUAGUAAAGGAGAAUGGAUCAUGUCAGAUUAUCACCAUAACAUAGCAAAGACUGCUCUGCAGUGCCAGUAGCAGUAGUAUUCAGCAGGAUGCGCCGUUGGCAAAAUGGCACUAGUUCAAUUUAUAUCCCUCUCAUAAUACAGCAGUUGAUUAAAACAGAAAACAGUAAAAUGUCAUUUGCUGCACAGUUAUUAACUAUAAAUCUGGCUAUAUCUUCAUGCAGUAACCUAAAUAUGAUACAUACUUUAUAUUGAGUAUGAAAGAACUGUGUUUGGGUUUUACAGAUUUUUAGCUUUUGACACUAGUUUGCCUCUUUAAAUUUAAUUUUCACAAAUCCCCUUAUUAGAAAGUUCUUUUACAUAUAGGCCCCAAAAUUGUGGUUGUUAAGAAUAUAGUUAAUUGUGAUUAGCCUUCAGUGAAAAUAGAUUGAAAGCCUGUUUUGAUCCAGUGUUUUCUCCCAAAGAACUCUAUGUUAUAUACACCAGUUUUCUUUUAUGACCUGGAGUUAGGAGUGAGUUUGUGUGUUAUUGUUGAUAGAGCAACUCAGGUAAUUUCCAUUUCUGGUUUUAUAUUCUCUGUGUAGCCUGCCUGGGUGUCACUUUCUAGACAGUAAGGUGCUCCACUGCUUGCUGUCUUGAGAUGUCCUUCAUAGUAUUCCAUGGGUCCUGUGCAGCAGUCUAGUUAAAGCAAAGAACUCUCUCACUAGAAAGGUUGGUUUCUGAGCCAGGCAUGACAGUAGAGGCCCCUAAUCCUGCACAGGAGGCUGAGGCAGAAUUAUGUAGUCCACAAUUCUAGAAUAGCCUAGAAUAGAUAGUAAAAGCCAAUCUCAGAAUGCACCAGCAGAGAAAGAUUGAGGUUAUUUCUCUUGGCAGUAGAGCUCAUUCAUAUCUCUUCAAACCCACUUGUUUUUUCUUUUGGGACUUGUAUCAUUUUAAAUAUUUCAUAUUCAUUCAUUCAUAUUCUCUCUCCCUCUCCUUUUCUCCCUCUUCCCUUCUCUCUCCCUCUCUUUCCCUCUCUUUCUCUUCUUCUCCCUCUCCCUCGUUUUGUUUUGAGUUAGACCUUUACUAUAUGUCUCUCCUUUGAAUAAUGGGGUUUAAAAGAAUAAUGAACAUUGAAUUUGAAUGACUUUGACAAAAGCAAUAUGAACUUGUAGAACUUGUUUUGUGCCAUUAGGUGGCACCAGAGAUCAUCACAUUACCUAUUUUGUAACAAGUGAGCUUGAGAAAAAUUAAAAAACAUAUACAUUUAUUUAGCCAAAAGGAAUGAGGAAAGCAUUUACACAUUUGUGUUUUAUCUGAUUCCGUUCAGUUCUCAAGGAAUUUUCAAAUGCCUUCCUAGGUAGGACCUGGCAGUUUGGCAGUGCCUUCAGUUUGGCAUUGCUAUAUAUAAAAUGUACCCUAAAUUAGUAAAACAAUGUAACAUUAUUCUGUGUUCUUUCUUCACUACAAGUGUAUGCUUUCCACUCUGGUUGAUCAUUAUUUUCCUAGUACAUACUUACCAGUUUACCAAAUGCUAACCAGAUUUGUGGAAACUUUUUUUUCCUCCUCUUUUUUGUUUUUGUUUAAUGUUUCAAAGACCCAAAUGAUGUUUGCUAAUUGUAGAAAACGUAAAUUUGUCUCAGGAUCACUGUUACUGCUAUUGCCACUAGUGAUUCUUAGAAAAUAAUCAACUUUUUCCAACAAAAUGUAUGAUAUUACUAUAUGUUAGAUAAUAAGAACAAUUGUCCCAUGAAUGAUUCUAUGAAGCUAUGCAUCUUAGACCUCUUGAGCUGUGAAUUAGCACUAUUUUCUAUAGUUACUUAUUGUUUUAUACUUUCUAUGUUUAUUUCAAAUAAUGUUAAUAGUAUUCAAUCAUUUUCUGAAUUGUUAACUCUUAUUUGGUUUAAAUACUGAAACAUGAUUAAUUGCUAACUACAGCUUAGAAACCCUAUAUCAAUUGUAUUUAAGAUCUUUAAGAGCAUAAUCAUAAAGGCUAUUUUGACAGUUCAUUUUAACAUUUGGAGUUGAAAAGGGUUUAUAUCUCAUCUGUCCAUAUUGUUUGCAAAGGAACAAGGUCUUAUAUAGGUGAGAGAAAGCAUUUGUACGAAGUUAGAUUUGAACAUAGACAGGAGAGGUUAUUCUAGUUGAGAAUGUUGUUUGAAGAAUGUCUAAGAAUCCAGACAUGGGUCCUGCUUAGUGCCAUAGGUAGACUGAGUCUUCUGUAGGUCAUCAUUACAUAGUAAUUUUGGUUCUGAAUUUUACAUUUAAAUUAUUUGAAUAUAUACAGACCUAAAUUUUAAAAUCUGUACAUAUAUUAUUUUGAUGUAUUAAGAUUGAUAAUAUUGUUGAUUUAAAUUUUAUUUAUGCACACACUUAAAGGACAGAAAUGUCUAGGAAAGUAAUUGUUAAAUAAUGAUAUGUAGCUUUUUAACUUUUUAAAUAAAUAACAAGAUUUUUUAAUGUGGGUCUCCCUCAGGGUUGUUUAAGUUGUUUUCCUCCCUUACAUAUAAACAAAUAAUGGUAACUAUGUUUUCUAUCUUGUAGCACCAACUGCUGUAAGGGAAUGCUGCAGACAGCGCUUGGGCGAGAGUAUGGCGCCAACAAGCCUGAGAUCCAAAUGCUUUCCAUUUAAGCAAACCUGUUGUUUUUAUACUUUAUUUUGUUUCCCAUUUUGAUGAAAGUACUGCACAGUUUCAAAGGCAUGGUAAAUAAUGUGUUUCAUAUAUAUAUAUAUAUUUUUCCAAAAGCAGCAAAAACUCAUAUCCAGUGAAGAGCAACUUCAAGCUUUAGAGAACAUCUACUAUCUUCAUGCAUGCAGUUUUGUUGUAUCAAAUAAGAGGGUUUUGUAUAUUUAUGGUGGGAGGCUACUGGGAACUUUUAACAAAAUAGGGUAUUAACUUUUGUACAGUCUGGGCAUUUACAUGUAUUUUUAAUGUAUUACAAUUUGGUAAUUAUGUGCACAUGAAAUUAAUAAAAGUUACUUCCUGUUAUGAUUUGUGAAUUCCCUGAGACCGUGGAUUUUUUUAAGUAACUUUAUAUAUCAGAAAUGACACAUCUUUAUAUUUUUAAAAUUGUAUUGCUGCUCAAGAAUGGUACCCUAUUGUCAAAAAGGUAGAUAUUCAUAAUUGUACAUUCAGCAUUGUAAAUACCAUAUGAAAUCCUUUUUGAUUAAAGCUAUUCAAAAUAAAAAUUUUAAUGAA